AUGAUUGCUAAUUGUUUGUCGUCGUUGUUGUUGUUUUCAUUAUUUCAGUUCUUUUUUUUAGAUUAUAUUUUUCAUCACAUUCAUUUCAUGGAUAAUCAAUUAGAUUCCGGUUCAUCAUCGAAUUUUAAACAUAUUUCUUUGAUACCUAAUUAUCGUGCCUUACAAAUUUUACAAGAACAAUCAUCAAAAAUCGAUAAAAUCCUAUCAUCAACGGAUUGUGAUCGAAUAUUGCACAACAUUGCCAAAGAAUCGACAUUUGGACAAUUUCGAAAUUCCCUUAAAGAUGUUGACAAACACAUUAAACUAAAUUCUUCUGAUGCAAUCAAAAAUUUAAAUCACGAACGAUCCAAAUGUUUAGCCAAUGAAUUGAAGCAGAAUUUUUCGUUAACACCCACCGAAAUCGUUAUGGUUCUGAAUGAAAUGCCCAAAGAUGUAUCAUUUAUUGAAUUAAUGUUUCCGGGAAAAUUUAGCAAAGAACAAUCUCUUCUCUUGUUCACAUUGAUCGAUCAAUUUCGUCAUUUUGAUGACACUUCAAACGAUAAUAAUGGCCAAGGCCAGAAUGAAAAGCAAGAACCAAAUAUUUCAUAGUGAUUGUUGCAAAAAUGUUGUUGUUUGGCAAUGACACUGUUUUCGAUUACAUUUGUAUUAUCAAUAUUAUUUUUUCUCCGAAUCUAAUUCAAUGAUGUUGAUUGAUUAAUAUUGUUUUUCUUUAUUUGCUGAUAAUCACCUGUAGCAAUAAGUCAAGUGUUCUAAUAAAAGAAAUCUUAAGACAAUAUAGCUAUAU